UUUUGGUACAACCCAAGAGAAUCACAAAAUGGAAGAAAAUCUUUGUGUCCACAUAAAUUUGUGGCUCAAAAUCAAAUUCACUCCCUUACGUGGCACCCCCACCCCUUUCUUUUAACGGAUUCAUCCUUCCAACUUCCUACCCCCCCUCUCCUCUCUUAACUCUAUCAAAAAUCCAUUCUCUUUCAACUUCAUACUACUACUCUUCUUCUUCUUCUUCUUCUUCUUUCAACAAUUUCCAUUAUGUUGGAUUCUAAAGAUCCUACUAUUAAGCUUUUCGGCCGUCAAAUCCCACUUUCCGACGACGCUGAAACUCCGGCGGUUCUUUCACAUGACUUCUCUUCUCACAAACAUCCAGAACCCAGAAAGGAUGCAGCUAUUGAUGAACCUGAAAAACCUGUUGAUGAUUCAGAUGACUUAAGAAAUAUAGAGAGAGAGGAAGAGGCGGCUAGUGUGAAUCCUAAAACGCCAUCUAUAGAUGAAGAAACUACUACGACGCCUGUUAAUGGAGAACCGGAGAGUGAAAAAUCUAAUUCAGAGAAAACUCUAAAGAAGCCUGAUAAACUGCUCCCAUGUCCUCGCUGUAAAAGUAUGGAGACAAAAUUCUGUUACUACAACAAUUACAAUGUCAAUCAACCUCGCCAUUUUUGUAAAGCUUGUCAAAGAUAUUGGACUGCUGGUGGCACCAUGAGGAACGUGCCGGUAGGAGCUGGUCGUCGGAAGAGCAAAAACUCUGCUUCUUAUUACCGUCACAUAACUAUCUCUGAGGCUCUUGAAGCUGCUCGAAUUGAGUCUCCAAAUGGAACCCAAAAACCAAAAUUCAUUAACAACAAUGGCAGAGUCUUAAGUUUCAAUUUGGAUGCACCAAGUUCUGAUCCUGUGAUGGGUUCUGUUUUAAACCUUGGAGAAAACAGAGUUUUGAGUAAUGGGGUAAAGAAGUUUGAAGAGAAAGCAGUUGAUCAAGGGUGUGAAAAAAACUCGAGUUUGUCUUCCAUGCCAGUUCAAAGUUCAUCAGAAUUGAAAAUCAAUGGCUUCCCUUCUCAAAUUUCAUGUCUUUCUGGAGUUCCAUGGCCUUUUGUUUGGAAUUCAUCAGUUCCUCCACCAACCUUUACCCCUCCAGGAUUUCCCUUGUCUUUUUUUCCAGCAGCUGCUUGGAACUCUGGAGUUCCUGGACCAUGGAACACUCCAUGGUUUUCACCACAACCUGAAAAAUCUCUAUGUUCUGACACUAAAGCUUCUUCAACACUGGGAAAGCAUCAAAGAGACCACGAAAUGGCCAAAGAAGAUGCCAUCUCAAGUAAAGAAGAGGUUUCUAAGCAAAGAAAUGUACAUGUGUUGACCCCAAAAACUUUAAGAAUUGAUGAUCCGAGUGAGGCUGCAAAAAGUUCCAUAUGGGCAACACUUGGAAUAAAGAAUGAAUCACUCACUGGAGGGAAAAAUCUAUUCAAAACCUUUCAACCUAAAGGCCAUCAGAAGGUUCAUGUGGCUGAAACCUCCUCAGUUUUGCAGGCAAAUCCUGCAGCCUUGUCAAGAUCUCUCGUCUUUCACGAGAGCUCUUGAACAUGUACGUCAACGACAAUGGUGGAAAACACUUCAUGUAGAUUAGAAGAAUGAAGAUGGGAUUUUCAGCUCAUUCAAAGUGAGUUAGAAUUUGCUAACCUUUGAAUUAGAGAGUAUCGGGUAACUUGGUGAGCCAAAUGAAACGCAAAGAAGAAGAGGAAAAGAGUCCAUCAGUUACCUAAUUUUCUCAACAAUAGAGCCAAACUAGUACUAAGAAAUGCAAAUUAUUAAUAUUAUUUCUCUUUUUAACUGUUUUUCACUUAUUUGCCUAAUUUACAUAACCAAGCUGAUUGCUGAGUUUGGUUUCUUUAACCAUCUAAUGUACAGCUAUAUAUAGAGAUAUGUGAAAUACUGACAUAGAUUGAAGAAAAAAGAAAUUUGUUGUUUGUGUUGCC